AUGGCCGCCGUUCGGCUUCUCCUCCUCCUUGCCCUGUCCCUCCGCCUCCUCCCCGGCCUCUCCGCCUCCGCCGGAGAAGAUGUCCACCUCAUUAAGUUCAAAAAUUCGUUAAAAGACUCUUCUGCCCUCGACUCCACGUGGGUCCCCGGCACCGACCCAUGCAACCGCCGCCUCCCCUGGCUCGGUGUCGACUGCAGCGAGACGGGUUUCGAGUCCGUCUCGGCCCUCCUCCUCAUGAACCUCCGAAUCUCUGCCUUUUCGCCCGAAAUCGACGUCGACUCGCUCGCCAAUUUGAAAGAUCUACGCUACGUAAGCCUCGAGAACAACACGAUCGCCGGCCCAAUCCCGGCCCUCAACCGACUCGGCUCCCUCAAGUCUCUGUUUCUCUCUGGAAACGGGCUCUCCGGCGAGAUCCCGGCCGACUACUUCCUCAAAAUGGGCUCCCUCAAGAAGCUCCAGCUGGCGAACAACCAAUUCUCGGGCCCGAUCCCGACCUCCCUCUCGUCACUCCACAACAUCAUGGAAAUCGCGCUGCAGGGGAACGGGUUCUCGGGUCCUGUCCCGGGCUUCGAGCAGAAGUCCCUCCAAGUAAUCGACCUCUCGCAUAACAAAUUGGAUGGCCCAAUUCCCCCGACCAUGUCGAGGUUCCCGGCUGCCUCGUUUUCCGGGAACCCUGGCCUUUGCGGGCCUCCCCUGUCCCGGCCUUGCAUCGCGUCCGAGGUGGGCUCGAGCGGGCAGGUCGACUCAGGCCAAAAUAGCAGCAAUAGCAGUAGUAAUAGUAGUAGUAGUGAGUCAGGCUCGAUUACGAAAUGGGUCGUGCUUGGUGUGGUCGUUGCGGUUUUGGUGAUUACGAUAUUGUUCAAGGCAAAGAAGGAGGACGACAAUUUUAGCGUGCUCGGGAAGGAGAAUCUAGACGAGGGGGUGCAGGUUCACCUGCCGAGCGCAAACCGGAGGAGCAUGAGCUCGAGCAGGAGGAACUACAGCUACAAGGAGUCGGGUGGGGCCCACUCGUCGAAAAGGGGUGGGAAAUCGGCAAACGACUUGGUGGUGAUCAACGACGAGAAGGGGGUGUUUGGGCUGCCGGACCUUAUGAAGGCGGCGGCAGAGGUGCUCGGGAGCGGGGGGCUCGGGUCGUCGUACAAGGCCAUCAUGGCGAACGGGGUCUCGGUUGUCGUGAAGAGGAUGAGGGACAUGAAUAAGUUGAAUAAGGACGCGUUUGAGGCGGAGAUCAGGCGGCUCGGGAGGAUAAGACACCGGAAUGUGCUGCCGCCGCUCGCGUAUCAUUACCGGAAGGAGGAGAAGCUUCUCGUGACGGAGUUUGUUCCGAAAGGGAGCUUGCUGUUUUUGCUACAUGGCGACCGCGGGAUAGCGCACGGCGAGCUCAACUGGCCGACCCGCCUCAAAAUCAUAAAAGGUGUGGCCCGAGGCAUGGGCUUCCUCCACACCGAGUUCUCAAACUAUGAGCUCCCACACGGCAACCUAAAGUCGAGCAACAUUCUCCUCGGCCAAAACUACGAGCCUCUGCUCACCGACUACGCUCUCUACUCACUAAUAAGCAACACGCAAUCAGUGCAGGCGCUCUUCGCGUACAAGUCCCCGGAGGCCAUUCUCUACCAACAACUCUCCCCAAAGAGCGACGUGUAUUGCCUAGGGGUCGUCGUGCUAGAGGUCGUCACGGGGAAGUUCCCGUCACAGUACCUAAAUAACCAGAAGGGAGGCACGGACGUCGUGCAGUGGGCCCGCCAGGCAGUCGCGGAGGGCCGGGCCGCGGAGCUAGUCGACCCGGAGAUAGCGGGUCCUGGCCCGGAAGAACAGAUCGAGAGGAUGUUGAGGAUCGGGGUCGCGUGCACGGAGGCCAACCCCGAGGAUAGGGUGGAGAUGAGGGAGGCUAUAAGGAGUAUAGAGGAAGUUCAAGGUUGA